CCGGGUACAUCCAAUGAGGACAUGGAUGAGGAAAAUGCAACAUUGCUGACAAAGUUUCUUCUCACAGGACUUACCUAUCAAUCAGAGUGGAAAAUACCCCUGUUCCUAGCAUUCUUGAUAAUAUAUCUCAUCACCGUCAUGGGAAAUCUUGGUUUGAUUGCUGUCAUCUGGAAAGACUCACACCUUCACAUUCCAAUGUACUUAUUCCUUGGGAGUUUAGCCUUUGCGGAUGCUUGGUUAUCAUCCUCAGUGACCCCUAAGAUGCUGAUCAGCUUCUUCAUUAAGAGUAUGAUGAUUUCUCUCUCUGAAUGCAAGAUACAAUUUUUUUCCUUUGUAAUCAGUGCAACCACAGAAUGUUUUCUCUUGGCAACAAUGGCGUAUGAUCGCUAUGUAGCCAUAUGCAAACCUUUACUUUAUCCAGUGAUUAUGACCAAUGGACUGUGCAUCCGGCUAUUAGUCUUGUCAUUUGUAGGUGGCUUCCUUCAUGCCUUAAUUCAUGAAGGCAUUUUAUUCAGAUUAACCUUCUGUAAUUCUAACAUAAUACAUCACUUUUACUGUGACAUUAUCCCAUUGUUAACGAUUUCCUGUACUGACCCUUCUAUUAAUUUUUUAAUGCUUUUUAUUUUGUCUGGUUCAAUACAGGUAUUCACUAUUUUGACUGUUCUUGUCUCUUAUGCAUUUGUCCUCUUUACAAUCUUAAAAAAAAAGUCAGUCAAAGGCAUAAGGAAAGCCUUUUCCACCUGUGGAGCCCAUCUCUUCUCUGUCUGUUUAUACUAUGGCCCCCUUCUCUUCAUGUAUGUGGGCCCUGCAUCUCCACAAGCAGAUGUUCAAGAUAUGGUGGAGUCUCUAUUUUACACUGUCAUCAUUCCUUUCUUAAAUCCCAUGAUCUGCAGCCUGAGAAAUAAGCAAGUCAUAGAUUCACUGACAAAAACAUUAAAAGGAAGUGUUUAG